UGUCGUCAAUAAAUACUUUCAUCAUAACAUAUUCACCGUCAAUAUUCGUCACAUAUUCCAUACAACAAUGAAAUUCAUUUUGGCAUUAACUGUUGCAUGCGUAGCACUAGCUACAGCUGACAAAUUAACUGGUAAAGAACCAAUUCCAAUUCUACGUCAACAAUCUGAAAUUAAUCCAGAUGGUUCAUAUCAAUGGUCAUAUGAAACUGGUAAUGGUAUUAAUGCAGAAGAACGAGGUUUCUUAAAGAAUGCUGGUAAUCCAGAAACAGAAGCUGAGGUUGCACAAGGUUCAUUUGAAUAUACAGCACCAAAUGGGGAAUUAGUACAAACUAGUUAUAUUGCUGAUGAAAAUGGUUUCCAACCACAAGGAACACAUAUUCCAAAACCUCCACCAAUUCCAGAACCUAUUUUACGUGCUUUAGAAAUUUUAGCAAGACUUCCUCCACCAAAAAAUUAAAAAACUAAUUUGUAUAUAAUAUUUGUAAAUAUAAUA